UCUUACAUGCUUGUGUCUGACAGGUUUUUGUCUUUUUCCCUAAAAUCUUAAAACAAGCUGGCUGUGCAGCUGAACAGGGGAAAAGAAAACACUCCAAACAACCUCUGGUUACUAAAUCAAGAUCAUCGUCUCAAGAAAGAAGUUCAGAUGCAGAUGACUCUGAAGAGGAGGAUGGCGAAGAAGAGGGAGAGGAAGACGACGAAGAUGAAGAUGAUGAAGAGGAGGAGUCUAAUGAAGAGGAAGAAGAUGAUGAAGAAAGUGAUGAAGGGGAAGAGGAGGAGGACGAGGAAGAAGAAGAAAUAGGAGAAGAAGAAGAAGGAUCUGGAGAGGAGGAGCAGGAGGAUGAUAGCAACUGCGUGGCUAGUGUUAACCACAGCACUACAGAAUUUAAAGCCCCUCAUAUCACACAUGAGGCUGGCAUCACUUCAAAGAGUGAAACAUUUCUUGGAGUUGUACGUGAGAGUGUAGAUACCUCAGAGAAAAAUACCAAAACAAAGACUUUAAGCACCGACCUCAUGCACCCCGCUGGGACAUCGAGCUUUGUUACCCCAGCCACAUUACAUAUAGUGGAGGAUUGCGUUGUGUCAGCCAUAAGGGUAGAAUCUAAGUUUUCAGAUGAAGAUGACAGCCUGGGAAAGAAAUAUUUGAGUUCAUCGGAUCAAAACAUAAUUUCAGGCCAGGAUUCAACACGACAUUGUCCAGAAACCCAUUCAGCAUGCAAGGAUAUGAAGGAAUGUGAGAGAGACACAGAAAAGGAUGAUGAAGACUCAUGGAGCAAUAAACAAAAUCGUGGUGAUAUGGAGUGGAAUGACAGUGAUAAUGAGGAGGACAAACAUUUGCUUGCUAAUCAAACAAAUGUAUUACCUGAAGUUGGCAUAAAAAACACAGACAAUACUUCUGAUGGUAAAGAUGAUUGUGGAUCGCACAACAAGGUUUCCACAGGAGUGAAACUCAGGUCCUCAUGGGGAUCUUCAUUAGAGGACAGUGAUAUUGACAUACCUGAGGUAAGCAAUGAGGUUUUUGAUCAGAAAAGCACUGUUCAAGCACCAGAAGUAUCAUCAUCAUUGCAUUUAAAAAACACACUGCCUCAGUCAAAUGAAGAACAUCCAGAUAGCCCAUGGGAUUCUUCAUCACCAGUUGCAUCUCCAAAAUGUGUUACACUUAAGGAAGUUAUAGACAACCACCAGACACUGUCUGGGCUAGGUCCAAAAACCUCUUCUCAGUCCAGAAACCAAGCAGCUGUAGAUGAAUCAGAGUGGGAUUCCUCUGAAAAUAAAGACCAAAAUGAUAUUGGCACUAACUCUAAUUGUGAAGUGGUGUCCCCAGUUUCCAAAGCAAAUGAGACUGGAGAGAGGCAAUUAGAGUCUAAGGAAGAAGAGGACAGAGAAAGUAUUGAGAAAGAGUCAGAUGACCCCUCACCAGUACUUUCAUCGGUGCUGGAUGAUGAAAACCAACUUUUGGGGAAUGAUGAAGUUGAAGAAGAUGAAAGCUGUUGGGAUGAUGAAGAUGAAAGCAAUGGCUCAGAAAAGCAAGAGAAAAUUGCAAUGAAUGACAGUGAUGUUUUACCCAGUGAGGAUAUCCUGAAGAUACCCGACCUAACCAAGCUGUUGUCUCCAAAAUUGAAGUCCACAGCUACAGUACACAAGAAGGUGGCAGAAGACGCUAAAAGGGAUAAUCAGCAUAAUGAAGAUGGUGAAUUGGUUCCUCAGUCAGUUAUCUGUGAAAAUGAUAUGCUUGCAGAAAAUGUUGAACUGGAAGAAGAAAAGCUGGAAGUUGUUAAGAAAUACAGUGUCCGCAAAGAUGAUGAGACAAGCGAGGACUCCGACAGCAAGAUCCAGAAGCUGCAGUACGAUUUUGUCAAUGCUUCAGUUAAAAUGUCCACAGUAGGAGACGAUUUUGAUAAAACUGUUGAUGGAGGCCUUUGUGAAGGUAUCGGUGCAGAUGAUGAGGAUGAAGCUAGAUUAACUGCAUACGUUCCAUUUGAAAUUCAAACUAGAGUCUUGUCAGAGGAGAUUAAUGAAAACCCAAUAAAGGAAAAGACGUUUUCAUGCCCACCCAUCAAACAUCAAACCACAGCUUGUCGGCACAGUGAUUCAGAUGUGAACACAUUUUCAGGUGAAGCACUACCUCAGACUGACAUUGAUGAUGUUGAUGUAGACUCACCUGAUGAGGCAGAAAACAAAUACAUGAGAUGCUCUGGCAUUCAGAAGGAAGAUUCCACUGAGGAUGAAGAUGAGGAAGAGGAUGAUAAUGACAAAGAGGGGGAACAAGAUGAGGAGGAAGAAGGAGACGAAUCAGCUGAGAAUGAUCAGCUUGAAGAAAGUAGAGAGUCUUGUGACGCCAAUUCGCCUGCUCCCGAGGCCGAAGUUUCUAAGGAGAAGAAGAGGGAUUUCCUGUCUGAGCUGGGUCUAGAGGGGGGUGAGGAUGACCAGAGUUCAUGGAGCUCUGAGUCCCACUCGGAAAACCUGAAUAUCGACGAGCAGAAACGAGGAUUAAAUAGUCAGAGUGAAGGAGAGAAAGAAGAGAGUAAAAAGAACUUGUUAUAUGUUCCCUCAUUUGUAAGAGGGGAUAGAGGCAAUAAGAUGGCAGUGCUAGAGCCUCGGAGGAGUGUAGGCAGGCCAAGAGUCAGCCAGGGAGGGGUUGCCAGCAGCAGUAAUGAUGAUCUUGAAGGUGAACUUGCUGAUCAGUACAAUAAAGUACAGAAAGAGACCGAGAGGGCAAAAUGGGAACCACUUAAUGUUUUGAGCAAGCUUGAAGGCGAUGUCAGCCGAAAGACAGAUGUAAUGGAAGAGCUUGGUCUGGGUGAUGUUGAUGAUCUGGAAGAUGCAUCGGACUGGGACUCAGCCAGUACUGCCAGUAUGGGAGCCCUGUCUGGUCACAGGGUGGCGUCCCCUGUAGUUAAGAAAAUACCAGAGUGCUCCAGUUCAUCUGAUAAGGACCAGGAAAAAGAUGAUGUUGCCACAGCAACACUGACGCAUCAGAAGAGCAUCAGCCCAGACAAGACACUGCCCAUCACACCCUCUCAAUCUGUUCCCCAGCCCCAACCUCGUACACGGAAGACGGUCCCUCAGAAACUAGAGAGUGAAGAAGAAUCUGAUUGGGAAACCGAAAACAUAACAUCUUGCAAAACAGCUCAAAAUGACAAUCUGCUACAAAAUAUGGCUGAGCCUCAAGCGACAGUUAAACCAAGGUCCGCUGACCCCUCACUGAUGGAGAAAGACAGUGAAAUCAUCACAGAAUUUGAAGAGCAGCAACAAAAGGAGAAAGAUGAUGCAGUAGAUAGAAGUGAGUUAGAUCUAAAUAAAUCUGACAAUGGAAAAAAGGAUAACGAGUUUAGAGAUCUUUGCAGUCCUGGAGAAAGCGGUGGCGUGCCAUGGGAAAAACGUUAUGAGAAGCUCUGGGUAGAGGUGGAGAAAAGAGAGGUAAAGUCCACCUUCAAGAGUGUCGCUGGUGAAUUAAAAGAAAAGUUUGGAGAACUGUUUAAAUCAAGACAUGACAUCACAGAAGAACAGGUCACAGCUGGAUCCGCCUCUGCAGAAGAAGAUUCAAGUGAUGAAGAAGAUGGGGAAGUCAUUGAGCGUCCUACUGCGAGAGCAAAAAGCACUGCCCUUCUCACCAUACCUGAGCAGAGAGAGUCUGGACCAGAGGACUCUGCAGCUGAAUCGAAUGCAAACUCCUUAUGCGAGGACAGGAUGCAGGAGCAACCAGCUUGUGAUGGCACCGUCACAAGCCGUGCUGAUCUAAGUCAAACCGAGGAGAAUACUGCAAGUUCAGAAGACGAUCCCAACGAGUUUGCUAUAUGUCAGCCUCCCUUCAGACGUUCAGCACCUGUUCCCGGUGUUUCUGAUGAAGAGUUGGAAGAGGACAUGGAAAGUUUUAAACUUGAGGUAGGGAUGCUGAAGGUUGUCUUCCUCGAUAUGGAGAAAGAAAAAGCCCAACUUCAGAAAGAGAUUGGAAAAGGGAGAACAGAAAUCGAGGUUGAGGUACAAAAAUCAAGUACUUCCCAGGUUACUAGUGGAAUAGCAUUGGAGGAAACUGGUAUGGGGAAACCUGAGACCAGCUUAGGAUGCCUGUCAAAUCAAGCUGAAGCACUUGACCAGGAGCAGCAGCCCGAGGCCGCCAUGAGCACCAACAGGGCUCCAGUGCAAUUGCAUCUCCCAGUCCAGCAAACCUGCAUUAGCAACAAACAAGAGAAGCAAGCUGUAGUGGAGACUUUACAGUCAGAGUUGGUCCGAGGGGCCCAGGGCAGCAGAGCCCCUCAGACCAACACACAUAUUAAUGGAGGUCCUCUCUGUGUGUUUGACGAUGGCACUUUAAGUGAAGUGUCGGAUGAUGAAGGAAGUUUGGCAGCGAGUGGACCAAAGAAGGAUAAGGACCGUGAGGAGGUGAGAAUGGCAGAAGAUUUUGAUGAACUCACUCAGUCCUCAGACACAGCCACAGAUGAUGCUGAUUCACCUGCUACAGGCUACAGUCACGCCUCCCUCCUCAUUAAGAAACUGGACUCAGCAACUUUGGACUCAACAUGUGUAGUGAAGCUGCAGAACAUUUUCCAUGAAUAUGAGCGCUCCAUCAAGAAGGCAAAGGAUCGGCAUAGGUACUUGACUGAUAAAGUGGCCCUGCUGGAAACAGAGAGGCGAGACUUGAAGAGCUCAUUAGAGGACAUUAAAGAUGCCAAGUCUGCCAUGGAGCGGGUCCAGUUGGAAUUACAGACUGAAGUUACAAAUCUCAAAUUUCAGCUGAAACAAGAACGGGAGAAUCACCGCCACACCACCAUGAAGUACAGUACUGCUGCCGAUAAGAUGAGGAGGAUGGAUGAGGAACAUCAGAAAGAAAUUCAGGAAAUGCAGAAGGUGCACAUGAACCUCGAGCUAGAGAUUAAAAGACUUGUUAACAACAUGAAACAGCUUGAACAGGCCCACAAUGAGACGCAGAGACUGCUGGCUCAGGAGCGCAGUGCACGCACCCUUCAGGAGAAUCUUCUGAGCAGCCAUCUGAGGAAGCACCAAGAGAUAGAGGAGGAAAACAAAAGAAACAUGAUCAAAAGCAGUGAAGUUUUAUCUCAGCUCACAGAAGCCAGUGACAGGGAGCGAGAGCUACUGCAGCAGACCGCUUCCUUACAGGAGCAGCUCACCAUCCUGAGGACAGACUCUGAGCGUUUGCAGACUCAAAGCAGUCUGAACGAGAGCCACCUUAUAGAGGCGAGGGAGAUACUGAAAGAAGAGCUCGAAGAGGUACGGCGGGAAUCCCAGCUUAACAAUGAAACCAUGGCCCAAGUUGUGUUCAACUACAAAAACCAGGUUACAACCCUUAAAUCUGAACUGGCAAUAACAACGACCCGUCUGGAAAACGAACGUCAGAUUCGCGAUAAACUGGAGGAGGAGGUUGAAUUGACUCGCACUCGUCUGGCUGGGGCUGUAAAGGAUGCCGAGCAUUGUCUCGCAUCUAAGUCAGAAACCGAGAAGGCUCUGCUCCGGGAGAAAGAGGAACAUCAGCGUCUCAAAGACAGACUCGCAGGUGAAGCAGCCAGUCAGCGUGAGGAAGUCAGCACCCUGUCCCAGAAGCUGGCCAAGGCAGAGUCCCACGCAAACAGCAUGGAAAAUGAAGUUCACCGUACCACCAUGCAGCUGACGGAGAAGGGCGUCCUGCUGGAAGUGCUACAGCGCGAAAAGGACCAGGCAGUCGCUCAUGUCAAGGAGCUAGAAAAGGCUCUGCAGACUCACAGGGAGGAGGUCAGCUGUAACAAAGCAUGUCAAGAGGCCACAAAAGAGCGGCUAGUUCAAGCACAGAGCGAGGCCAUGUUACUAAGGCAACAGCUGGAAGAGGCCCAAAACAAAGGCGCUGCAAAAGAGCGUGCUGUGACAGAUGCCCAAGAGCGCUUCAGUGACAUUUUGUCCAAGCUGCGCUCUGACUGUGAAGAGAGGGUACAGUUACUGGAGGACAGAAAUAAGGAGCUCGCCAGUAAGGCGGUGGAUCUCCGCGACCAGGUCUACAAGUUGGAGGAAGACAAGAAUGAAAGAGAGACUAGUCUGAGGCAGCUGCAGCAGGAACUCGCCGACUCACUCAAAAAGUUGUCAAUGAGCGAAGCCUCUCUGGAGGUCAACACGCGCUAUCGCAAUGACCUGGAGGAAGAGAAGACUCGGCUCCUCAAAGACCUGGACAGACUCAAAGGAAAGCUGGAGGAAAGUGAGGAUGAGUAUGUGCAGUCAGAGAGACGUAUUAACAGCCUGAAGAGCACUUUGGAAGAAAGGGAAAAGGAACUCUCCACUGCUGCUCAGAAACUCCAGGAGGCGCUGUCUACCUCAGCUGCUUCUGACACCACGAUCAAACAGCUGGAGGAUGCUGUGCAGAGGCUGGAGAUUGAGAACGCCAGACUAGAAGCUGCUGCGAAGCAACAGUCCAACAAAAUUGAUGCACUGCAGAAAGGAGCUCAGGAAGCUACCGCGCUAUCUGGCUGCUCACCUGGAGGAGGGGUUCGAAGUCACUUGGAGGACAUGGUUACGAACCUCCAAAGCAGUAAGAUGACCUUGGAAGACCAACUGAAUAGAGAGGUCCAGAAGCAGAGCUUGCUCUCUCACACGGCCCAGGACUCUCGGGCCUUGUGGGAGGAGGAGCUAAAAGGCCGCUCUAAGUUGGGAGUACGAUUGGCAGAACUUGAAAAGGAAAAAGGAGAACUGAACAGCCAGAUGGAGAUCGAAAAGAAGAAAGCCAAGAAAAUAGCAGAGCAGAAGAAAGCUGUUGAUACUCGUCUGGAUCAGGAGAUAAAGAGAAACACAGAGCUUCAAAAAGAAAUGUACAGGCUGCGAGCCUUAUUGAAGACUGCAAAAAAGAAAAUGCGAGAUCAAGACGCUGGUGGUGCUGAGUUUGGCUCUCCUAUGAGCAGCAUGCGGAUGGAUCUGGGCAGACACACUGAGGGGCACUUUGGGCGAAUGAAAGACAGGGUGGACGAUUUGCAGGUGCAGUUGGAGAAGGAAGCAUCUCUUCGCAGACAGCUAGAGAAGGUGAAUGAGGAGCUCAAGGAUCAGGUGACUUCCUUGAAGAGCAUGAGCCACAGUAAUGAUUUGCUUGAGAGGAGUAAGAGGCAGUUGGAGGAAGAGGUACUGGACCUAAGACGCCGAAUGGAGACUGCUCAGGUUGAGCAGAGCCACGUGGAGCAGUACCGGCGCGAUGCAGAGGAAAGAGCUCGGCAGGAAAUACAACAGAAGCUGGAGCAGGUUAACCUGUUCCUCCAGUCUCAGGCUGCAUCACAAGAAGCACUAGACCAGAUUAAAGCUGCCAAUGAAGCUAGCCUGCGCUCUCAGCUGGAGCAGCGAAUCCGGGAGCUGGAGGGGGAAUUGGGCCGGGCCCGCACUUCCCAGCAGGAGAGCGUUAACCAACGAGAGUCCACACGCACAGAGCUUGAGCGAUACCGCCAACUAUAUACAGAAGAACUGCACCUACGCAAGUCUCUGGCUGCUAAAUUAGAGAGGGCCAACAGUCGGCUCGCAGAAGCCAAUUCCAAGUUGCUCAAUGAGCGCAGCAGGUCACUGAUCACAAAUGGCAGCCUUGGAGCGCCAUCUCUUGACUUUAGCUCUUUGGCUUCACCAGCCAACUAUGGAGCCUCACUUGGGCCACUCAACAGGAAUCUUGGUCUGGGACUCUCUCUCCUCAACCCUGUGACUGAGGGACAGAACAGCAGGGUGGAGGACUACUUAGCCAAGAUGCAGAGUGAGUUGGAUAGAAGCAUAACAAGGGAAUUAAACAAUGCCACAGCAGACCUGGAUGUUGCCUCCGCCCGUAUGUCACCUGUGGGAUCUGCCAGAAAGGAGUUGGACCCAGUUAGCAGAGCAACGCAACAGUACUUGGAGGUACUGAAGAAGAACAGUAUGAUUUGACCGUUAUCUCGUUUCAAUCAGACACCACCUGUCAGCCAAUAAAAACACCUGAAUGUUGUUAAUCUGUUCUCAGUCCGCUUUUAUAGAAACAUAAAUAAUGCACAUUGCACUUAACACCUCAGGAUCAAAGGACGAGUCAUAUAUGUGAUAAGAUUUAUAUAUCUUGAAGCAUGAAAAGUAUUUGAAACACAGUUUUAGAUUUUGUUAUUUUGUUUGUGCAUAUUUUGGCAUUCAUAAGUGUGUAUUUGCAAAUGUGUUUGUAAGCAUGAUUAAGAUAUUUGCCAUGAUAUUACAUUUUUGGUACAUGCCAUCAAAUGGUGCAAUAUCUCUCUUAUUUUAGUGCUGUGUUUACUUUAUUUAUUCUUUUUUUUUUUUUUUUUUUAUGAACACGAUAUACUUGAACAAGACGAGCUGGAAUACUCUCCGGCUAUAGAAACAGGGUCACUACACUUCAGCUUUUCGUUGGCUUGUUUUUAAAGGUCACUAAGAGUAAGCUUUUUCCCAUUACUUGUAUAUGCUGUAACAAAGAUGGAAUAACUAAUGUAUAGAGAUCAUAUUCUGUCUAAAGAUGUUCACGCAAUAUUUUGUAAUUGGAUCAACUCUGUAGUAUUUUUGUGAACUAUAAUUAAAAAUCUUCCCAAUUUA